AUGAAUCCACAGCAAGGUUUUAAGUACAUCAUCCCAAGAGUAAAUUAUGCUCCAAUGAACUGCGGCUUGCUAAUGUCCUUCAUUCCAGUCUACGCCCAUCCUUUUUCAGCACCAGUACUCACACAUCCACAGCCUCUCCAACCACAAAAUCAAAUUCUGACUGAAUCCAAGCCUAAGUACAAGCGAACCUGAAAGCGUGAACAAAUAGAAAAAUUAUUUUUAACUAAAUUGAUAAAAAAUAUUUUUACUAACUCCCCCCCCCCCCUCCGUGAGCGAACAAAACCAUUAGAAAAAUCGCCAUUUUUUGACCAAAAACCCACCCUCCGUGAGUGAACAAAAAAUUUUUUUAAUAGAAAAAAAUUUUAAUGGAAAAAAAUUUUGAUAUAUAAGUGAUAAUUAGUAUAAUGAAAUCUAGAGCUAAUUCUGUUUAAUUUUAAAAAAAAUUGCGUUUUAAAACAUAAAUUUUGCAAAUUAAAUUAAUAUUUGCUUCCCAAUUUUUGCAAAUUAGGAUUUUUUUAAAUUUCGAAAAAAAUAUUUUUUAUAAAAUUUAUAUAUAAAUUUUUUUUUAAAACAAAAAAUUAACCCCCUCCGUGAACAAAAUUUUUUUGUUCGCUCACGGAGGGGGGGGGGGGAGUAAUAGCCUUAAAUAAGUUUAUAAUUAAUAAAAUUAGGUAUAUAUGUCAUGGCUCAAGAGUAUUGUGAAAAAAAUGAUAAGAAACUUGAAGACUUAACCCAUCUUGACUUCUUAGAAAUCGCUAAAUUUACAGAUAAAACCCCUGAACAAUGCCAAGCUAAAAUUUAUGAAAUCAUGACAAGUGGAACACUGAGGUCAGGGAUAUGGUCAGACGCUGAGGAUGAACUUUUAAAGCAACUGCUUCUUACGAAGACAGUAAAAUGGGGGUUGGUAGCUAAUGAAUUAAACACAAAAAUACACAAAAAUAUAAAAAUAAGGACUGGCAAGCAGUGCAAAGAAAGAUGGAAUAAUCAUCUGAAUCCGAAUAUUAAUAGAGGGGACUGAAGCCAAAGUGAAGAUUUAAAGCUUCUGGAGCUCCAUAAGGAGCAUGGAAACCACUGGAGCUUGAUUGCUAAAGGGAUAGUAACAAGAACAGAAAGCGCUAUUAAAAAUAGAAUCAAGUCUCUUAAGAACAAAGAAAUGCAAGACUUAAGUGCCUUGAGCAACCCAAGUUCUUUAAUUGACCGCUUGAUCGUCAAAAAGAAAAUGGAUAUCCCAGUUCAAUGUAGCAUUGAGGAGCCAGUCAGUCCCCAAAGUGGGAUUAAAUUAAGAAAAGCAAGCGGGGACAGGCUAAGUUUUUCAGGUUUUUCAUUGGAGUUGGCAAGCACGCAAGAUAAUAAUUUGGGAUAG